AUGCUUAGCGUCGCCGUUAUCGGUGGCGGUGCGGCUGGACUGGCGGCUGUGAGCUACUUGCUUAGAGAGAAAGACAUCCAUGUUACGUUAUUUGAAGAACGUAGCGGAUUCGGAGGCGUCUGGACGAACCAAAGCACCUCAACACAGCCGAAUCCAAUGUACGAUGGACUGGAGACAAAUGUUCCUCACACCCUCAUGACCUUCACCGGCCACCACUGGCCACGAAACACCCCUGUGUUCCCUCCGCAUGAUCAGGUGCUAUCGUACCUUCGGACGUAUACAGCCAGAAUCCGAGACCCAACUCGUUCGACGGUCCACCUGAGCACCAAGGUUGUUGAGCUUCGACUGGCCUCGGACAACACAUGGGCUAUAACUACGGAGUCAUUGUUCGGCCGUGUAGAGCUCAGUUUCAACGCUGUAGUCAUUGCUGCUGGCAACUACAGUGACCCUCACAUCACACCAGACGAGCCGGGUCGCAAUGUGUGGGCAGAUAGAGGCAACCACAUCAUGCACUCAUCAGAGUUCAAGAACGCGAACGCUUUCACGAACAAACGGGUGUUGAUUGUUGGCAACGGGCCAUCUGGCUGGGACAUUUCCGAACGUGUGGCGAGAGUUGCCGCGGAGGUGGUGGUCUCCGUUCGAUCUCUCCCGAUGACUGUCGCCCCUGGUGUGAAUCGUGCUGUUGGUCUCAUCAAGAAAUACGAAUGGAGGACCCGCACAGUGACCUUCUACGAAGGCAAGGAAAUGUCAGAUAUCGACGUUGUGAUCUACUGCACCGGAUACCGAUUCAACUUCCCCUUUGCGAUCAAAUACGACACCGACCGCAAUGCACAGCCGCUGUUUCCGCCUGGUUUCCGGGUCCGAGACCUCUUCCAGCACAUGUUCUACAUCUCUCAACCAUCCCUGGCACUCGUCGGCUUGCCCAAGAUGACUGCGGCAUUCACAGUAGCCGAAGCGCAGUCCGCCGUCAUUGCUCGAGUCUUCUCCGGCAGAAUCACACUCCCCGCCAAGCAAGCUAUGGAGUCGUGGAAUAGGUCUUUCAUUGCAGAACACAGGAGCGCCAUGAUCUCCGACUCAAACUUUCACUCCCUUCCCACACGAACUGACAAAGACAAGGAUUACGUCAACUUCCUCGAGCGAGUGUGCGCUACAGCCAGCGAUCGCUUCCUAGGCAAACCGCCGCCAUACUGGUGCAAUUGUCUGGACAGCGCAAAAGCGUCUGUGGGUGCCAUCCGAGCGGUUUUCAAGGCGCAGGGCGGCAACAGUGCUUUUUCUACAACGUACCACCAGUUGGGAGCUUUGUUGGUAACUCCUUGCACGUCGGAAAAUCUUCAGGCAUGCCCGACGGGCGCUACUUGUUGCUUCCUCGAUCCUGCGACCAGGUGA